AUGGUGGUACUAGUCCAUCCUGAAAAUCCAAACUGGACAUGUUUCGAGCAGAAUGCGGCUUUAGACGUGAAAUCGUUUUUCGGCUUUGAGACAGCCGUCGAAAAACUAGCCGUCAAGCAGUAUGCAGCUAAUUUAGCUAAGGGCAAAGAGAUUCUCGAGUACUUCAUCGACGAAUUAAUAAAAAGCGCGGAGUCAACGUAUCUAGCACAACUUGAGGAGAAAGACUAA